AUGCUCUUCGGGCUCAUCAAGGACAAGGACAGGAAGGGCAAGGGUGUCGAUCGCGGCGACGCGCGGCGCAUUGCCAGCGACGGCAUUGUUCCCCUGUCGGCAAAGAGAGAGAGGCGGCGUACCCUCUCACACUCUACAGGCCAAGCCGAUACCGAUACCCGCCGCCGCUCAUUCUUCGGCCGCCUAUGGGACCACACUCACACCCACAAGACAGAAUACGACCAACCGCCCGACCGCCUCGUUCCCGCUUCACCAGAAGUCACAAAGCUCCUUGCACCGCCGAAGAAGAAGAAGGAAAUGACGUCCCUCAAAGAGGCAGCAAAGGCCAUGCCGGCGUUGACAGAGGAGAGCGAACCUCCCUCACCAAUUAGCCAGCGCGGGUUAUUGGAUCUGGCCGAGAUCCUGGCCGAGCCAUCGCAGAAGCCAAAGCGUAAGGGCUGGACGCAAGGCCAGACAUCCGAGCCCAUCUCGACUGAGCCCACCCAGUCAGCUUCGCAGCCCGCCACGCCAGACACCACGCCCUCGCAGCCCGCCACGCCAGACACCACGCCCCAAACCCCCACGCCAGACGCCACAGCCCAACCCCCCACGCCAGACGCCACUCCCCAACCGCCCACCCCACCCGCCACACCGCUCAUGCCUGAAACCCGCACGCGGGUCGUAGACCAGCUCGCCCCAGUGCUGGAGAUGGACCACGCCCUCGCCCUCGCCCAGGCCAUCUUCGAAGACCCCUCCGCCUCCACCUCCACCUCCACCUCUGACUCGUCCACUCCGGAAACCACGUCCCGCGCCGAACCCGCCACCCCGCCAGCCACGCCCAUGCCACCCAUCGAGCGCGACUUUGCUUUCCAGUCCCUCCAGUCCCCCUCUGAUCCCCCCUCUGAUCCCCCCUCGCGAGCCCCCUCUCAACCUCCCUCUCAACCUCCCUCUCAGCCCCCCUCCCAACCCCCCUCCCAACCCCCCUCCCAGCCCGCCACUCCACCCACCACACCCAUGUCCCCGACCAUUUCUCGGGUCCGACACGCGUCACAGCUCGACACGGUGCUUGAAGUCGAGCACCGUCUGAGUGCGUUGGACAUGGAGACGCUCAAGGACGAGGAUGAGGCCGAGGACGAGGACGAGGAGAAAAAGCAACCCCCGACGCCGCCCACCACCCCCGCCACCCCGCCUCCACGCGGAGGAAGUCGGCAGUGGCGACUGAGCGUGAUUCCACCCGAGUGGCAUGGGAUCGAGAGUGCCAUCGCGGCCGCUAUUGAGCCGCAGACAUUACGCGAGACGGCGGCUGAGAAUGGUGUUGGGAACGGAAACGGAGUCGUAGAAAAGAAAAUCAGACGCAAGCCCGUGACCCUCGUCCCGGCCGACGAGGAGCAUGUCGCCACCGCCAUGGCCGAGAGUAUCCAGAGACAGAGGAUCCAGCCUGACCGGCCGCUUUCUGUCCUUGACAAUAGUUCCAACUCGACAGACAGCCCCAAGGACGCGCAUCUGGACGCCCCAUCUGGCUCGUCCUCCUCCCUCAAGCAACGCGUGCCGAGCACACACGCACUCAACCCACCGCCCAAGGCGCCUGUCGCGGCGGCGGUUGUCUCGGACGGGUGGAGGGUGCCGCGCGUGCGUGCCCCGCCUGGCAGUCGUCGAUCGCGCAUGUUCGGCAUUGGAGGGUAG